CUAGCAAAGCAAUAAACCUUCUUUUUCCUGUUUCUCAAAACCGUAUCCUCCUUAUUGGAUUGGCAUGGGGACAAGGACCGAGCUUUCGGUAACGCAGGGAUUAUGAAACCUCUGGGACCGUGUAUAAAAUUUCAUGCCAACGGGGCUCAUUAAAAAUCAUCAUAACCACAUGUGAGCCUAAGCCGUUCCCAGAAAAAACUAACUGCACAUUCGGUGCUAUAGCAACUGGUCAAUUUAGCAUUUUUUGUUUUCGUGUAAAAAAAAAAAAAGAAAAGAAAAGAAAAAAAGAAACAAAUGAAAGUGCAAUCUCUUCGGAAGAUAGCCGCCCCUGAGGUCCAAUGCAGGUGACGGGACGUCUUAAAACGGCAAAAGGAAAACAGCAUCUGACGAAUCUGCGGAUGGCAACGUAGACGUCUGGUCGAGGCCGGCAUCAGGAAGCUUCCUUUGCCCGGAGUCGGGGCAUAUCUAUCUCGGUGUCUGAGAAGGUCUCCGCGAGCCGGAGCUGUGCCGAGAUCAUGAACGACUGGAUGCCCAUCGCCAAGGAGUAUGACCCGCUCAAGGCGGGCAGCAUCGACGGCACGGACGAGGACCCGCACGACCGCGCUGUGUGGAGGGCCAUGCUGGCCCGGUACGUCCCCAACAAGGGCGUCACGGGGGACCCGCUGCUCACGCUGUUUGUGGCCCGGCUGAACCUGCAGACCAAGGAGGACAAGCUGAGGGAGGUGUUCUCGCGCUACGGCGACAUCCGGCGGCUGCGGCUGGUGAGGGACCUGGUGACCGGCUUCUCCAAGGGCUACGCCUUCAUCGAGUUCCGGGAGGAGCGCGCCCUGCUCAAGGCCUACCGCGACGCCGACGGGCUGCUGGUGGACCAGCGCGAGCUCUUCGUGGACUACGAGCUGGAGCGCACGCUGCGGGGCUGGGUGCCGCGGCGGCUGGGCGGCGGCCUGGGCGGCAAGAAGGAGUCGGGGCAGCUGCGCUUCGGGGGGCGCGACCGGCCCUUCCGGAAGCCCAUCAACCUGCCGGUGGUCAAGGGCGACCUCUACCGAGAGGGCAAGCGGGACCGGAGGGAGCGGUCCCGGUCCCGGGAGCGACACUGGGAGUCCAGGGCCAGGGACCGGGACCACGACAGGGGCCGGGAGAAGAGGUGGCCAGAGAGAGAGCCAGCCAGGGCGUGGCCUGAGAACGACUGGGAGCGGGACCCCAGGGAGGACAGGCCCAGGGGGAGGGAGAAGAGGGACCGAAGCAAGUAGAGGCCCGGUGGGGGACGGGACAGGGGACAGGGGCAGGCUGUACUCAAUAAAGCACGAAUAAAGCUUAUUGAUGAUGGA